CAAAAUAUGAAACUCACCUCGCUAUCAAUAGUCGUACUCACCGAGGGCUGGAAAGCUUCCAUAGGCAAAAAUUUCCUCAUCUUUAAUUAAAUAAUAAAGAAACCAACUUUUAUACACACAGUUCGUUAAAUAGUUCAAUCUUCAGAUUCCGCACUUGUUGUUUCUCUCCAGUUUCUACACUGUCCUCCACUCACUACCAUUCUCCCAAUAAAAUCUAGGUUUUUCAUUUUCCCUGAUUCAAUCUAUUCUCAUCAUUGAUCGUGAUAAGGAUACUCUACAUCGCAUUGUCUGAAAUACGCAUGGGGGUUUUCUUGUAAUCUUUCAUCAUAUAGCUGGAGCAAAGCCUUUAGCUGAAGGUUUUACACCAAAAUGUCAAGGGGAAGAGCGGAUGGUUCACAGAAGAAGAAUUUGGUUGCUGCUGUAUGUGUUCUGAUCUUUCUUGGUUUCCUGUUUGUUUAUUAUGAUGGGUCAUUCUUUGGUUCUCAAGUGCAACAAAGUGCAUCAUCUUUGAGGAAGCUUGGGUCAACAUAUUUGGGUGGUGAGGAAGAUGCUGAUCUUACCAGCAAGUCGGAUGAACCUUCCGUUAAGUUUGGGCAGGAAGAUGAGAAUGAUAUAACGCCGAAAAGUUUCCCCGUUUGCGAUGAUCGUCAUUCAGAGAUAAUUCCCUGUCUAGAUAGGAACUUUAUAUAUCAGAGUAGGCUGAAGCUGGAUUUAUCUUUGAUGGAGCACUAUGAGAGGCAUUGCCCUCAGCCUGAAAGGCGCUUCAAUUGCUUGAUUCCUCCACCACCAGGCUACAAGGUCCCCAUCAAGUGGCCAAGAAGUAGAGAUGAAGUAUGGAAGCCAAACAUACCUCAUACUCACCUUGCAAGUGAGAAGUCUGACCAGAACUGGAUGGUUGUCAAAGGGGAAAAGAUUUCAUUUCCCGGUGGAGGCACACAUUUUCACUAUGGUGCUGAUAAGUAUAUUGCUUCGCUCGCCAAUAUGCUCAACUUUUCUGACAAUAAUUUAAACAACGAUGGAAACGUCCGAACUGUUCUUGAUGUGGGUUGUGGUGUUGCAAGUUUUGGAGCAUAUCUCCUCUCCUCCAACAUCAUAGCAAUGUCUGUAGCACCAAAUGACGUUCAUCAGAACCAGAUCCAAUUUGCUCUUGAGAGAGGAAUUCCUGCAUAUCUUGGUGUUUUAGGGACUAUGAGACUCCCUUACCCUAGCAGAUCCUUCGAGCUCGCUCAUUGUUCUCGUUGUAGAAUUGAUUGGCUACAAAGGGAUGGAAUACUUCUUCUUGAGCUAGAUAGGUUGCUCAGACCAGGAGGUUAUUUUGCCUACUCUUCUCCAGAGGCAUACGCACAGGAUGAAGAGGAUCUUAGAAUUUGGAAAGAAAUGAGUGCCCUUGUAGAACGGAUGUGUUGGAGGAUUGCUUCCAAAAGAAACCAAACUGUAAUCUGGCAAAAACCUCUGACAAAUGAUUGUUACUUGGAAAGAGAGCCAGGGACUCAACCUCCCCUCUGCAGAUCUGAUGACGAUCCAGAUGCAGUUUAUGGUGUCAAGAUGGAAGCUUGCAUCACACCUUACUCUGAACAGGUUCACAGAACUAAAGGGAGUGGGUUGGCUGCAUGGCCAUCUCGUGCGACUGCACCUCCUCCCCGUCUUGCUGAUUUCGGAUAUUCUAAAGAGAUGUUUGCAAAAGACACGGAAUUAUGGCAACAAAGAGUUGAGAGUUAUUGGAAUCUUUUGAGUCCAAAGAUUAAGCCUAAUACGAUAAGGAACAUAAUGGACAUGAAAGCAAACUUGGGAUCAUUUGCAGCAGCUUUAAAGGACAAAGAUGUCUGGGUGAUGAAUGUUGUGUCUGAAGAUGGACCGAACACUCUAAAGCUAAUUUACGACAGGGGUCUGAUAGGCUCUGUGCAUAACUGGUGUGAAGCCUAUUCGACCUACCCCAGGACCUACGAUCUCCUUCAUGCCUGGAAUGUCUUUUCUGACAUAGAGAAGAAAGGAUGCAGUGGGGAAGAUCUUCUGCUUGAGAUGGACAGGAUGCUCAGACCUACUGGGUUUGUUAUUAUCCGGGACAAGAAACCAAUUGUUGAAUACAUUAAGAAGUAUCUAUCAGCAUUGCACUGGGAUGCAAUUGCAACUGGUGAAGGUGAUUCAGAGCAGGAUGAAGAUGAGGCCGUCCUUAUCAUUCGAAAGAAAAUUUGGUUAACAAGUGGGAGCCUCAAGGAUUCAGAGUAGUUCUUACUUUUGUUAUGAUUCUUAGAGCCGUCUUAUGGACUAGGCCAGCUAGGCUGUGAGCCUCAAUAGUGGGGGCCCAAAAAUUUUAAUAUUUCUUAGAACUUUUUUUCUUCCUUUUUUUUGUUAUAGUUACCAUAUAGGCAGUGCUCUGACAUAGUGUCUGCCACUGUUUUUGUUGAUAAUCGUACUUUUUGGCAGUCAUUGAAGGCCGUUUGCUUUGUAACCACCAAGUAAUAUUUUCCAAUUCUAUUUAUCCAUUACUUUUGUAAACUUUUAUGUAAGAACAUUAAAAUUUCCUAUAUCAGGCAAAUCUUCCCCUUUCCAGUAAA